AUGAACCCUAGUCAAUCCCAUCUAUAUUCUAACAAUCAACAGAGAAUUAAUUACGUCCAACAGAUAAUAGAAGAAGUCCCCCAAUUCCAAAGCCAAGAGACAGGGUCUAUUUAUAUUAAAAUUGAUCCAGUUCCGAUUCGAAAGAACAAGCCUCUUCAUCCUCCAAAGGUCUUCAUCAGAAUUGAAGACUCCAAUACUGCAAUUAAUAGAAUAACUCAAGAAUCAGUAAUAAAGUGCCAAAUAGACCAAAAUUCCUUAAUUUUAUACCUUGAUAAAAUAAAGUCGGAUACCAUGAUCGAAGUUCAGGCUAUCAGGAAUGAAUUUAAUCUCAAAAAUCAUCAAAUAGAAAUGAAUGAAGAACUGCAAAUUUUUCAAAAUGAUAUUCAACUAAAAGUUCAUCAAGCUUUCCUAGAUAGAGAUUUAGAAAGAUUUAAACUAGAAGGAGAAAAAGAAAUGGAAGAACUUCGCCAUAAUUUACAAUUAGAAAUCAAUAAAUCUGAAUCAUUAAUCAAAGACGCACAAAAUAGGCUAGAUUAUGAGAUAAAAAUGAUUAUGAUAAAUUCAAAUAGAGAAAUAGAGGAAUUUUCUGAGAGAAUUUCCAAAGAAAUAGCUCUAAGUGCACAUGAAACAGAUAAAAUUAUAGAAAAUUAUAAACAGGAGAUUUCUAUAAAAAUAGAGCAAGCUAAAUCAAAAACUAAUAUAGAAAUCGAAAGAAUUAUGUGUGAGACCGCGAUAAAAAUUGCGAAAAUUGAAAGCAAAAACAAGAUGUGGGAGCUUGGGUGUGACUUUGUCACAAGCUUUAUUCCAGGAAAGGCGAUUUUAGAUAAAUUUACCAAAUAA